UGCGUUUGACAGAAGCUGAAAAACAAGCGGUGCAAAACUUUGGGAUUUGCAUUGAUUUAACAUAUUUAACCUGGAGAUAAAAGCCCUUGAGAGGAAUCGUCGUGUUUACAAGAGUGUCCUGGGAUGCUUUGAGGAGUCACACACAGGACUGUAACAUCACAGUGAUCCACACCGAGUAGUUUUAACAGGAGUGUAUCUGGCCACGGUGUACAGGUGAACUCAUGUGUGUUAAACUGGAAUGUUUUAUUUUUCACAUGACGUCCCUGUGUCAUGCUUUUAUACUAAAUGAAAGUGAUAAAAUACAACAUUGUUAUCAUAUAACUACCAGAUGUUUCCAUUUUGUAUUUAUUCAGUUCCCAUUUCUCAGAGAGUAGACUCCUGUACAGUAAAUGGAAUUACUCGAAUUGGCUUACUGGACGUCAGAUACAGACUAGGGCAUGGUGAUGACAAGAACUUGACAAACAGCACAAAUCCUGCCUCUGGCUGCGGUGAUAUUUCUACACAAAACGAAACAAGAAUGUUUGUGAGAGCUCCAAGAAACAGAGCCGUUUUUCCGCGGGACAUCUUUUUAAGAGGACUGGUCGAAGUAUGUUGUAUAUUACUAUUGGUGUUUGUUCCAAAAAUAAGUGCUUGUGACGAAGCAGAAUAUAAUAUGAAUGGACAGUGCUGCCCAAUGUGCCAAGCAGGAAUGCGAGUUUAUCGGCAUUGUACCGCGGACUCCAGCACAUCAUGCAUCCCCUGUAUGGAUUCCACCUUUACUGAGAAACCAAACAGUCUCAGUCCUAAAAUUCUAGGUGAUGCAAAACUUCUGGCCACAGCUGUAGAUGUCUAUAUCAAGCAACUAGAAUGGAAGCUCAGCUUCAGAAUUCGGGGUGAAAGCUCCUUCACACUGACACAAACACAAUAUUUAAUUGCACUGAGACCCACUUGGAAUGACAGCAAACAUCACAAAAAGAUAAGGGAACAGGAAAAACCAGACAAGCAGGAAAUGAAAGACAGUGAAAGAGAUGAUCAAAAAGCGCUUUGUGAAUCAGCUGUCAGGCUGUGCUGUACUGUGAAAAUCAUCUUUAUUACUUUAUGAAAUAUUAUUCUCAAGGCUGCGUAUCACUUCCACUUUCAGAUGCUUUCAUAUCAGGGGCUGCCAGCUCAUCUUCCGCAGGCUAGAGGGACACUCCUGAGUCAGAAAACAACUUUCAGGGGUCAGAUUACAGUAAAAAGAGGUUAUAUUUCAAUUUCUAUCAUAGCACAGUAUCUCAAAACGCUUUACAUGGCCUUUAAAAACAGAAAGAAGUAUGUAAUAUCAAGAAGCAGUACACAUUACAAAAUAAUAAUAAUAAUAAUAAUAAUAAUAAUAAAAAUAAUAAUAAUAAUAAUAAUAAUAAUAAUAAUAAUAAUAAUAAUAAAACAAUUGAAGGCAACAGGGAAUUAAUAAGAAUGAUAAAACACAAAAUUACAAAAAAGCAAGCAAAAUUAAAAUAAAGAAGAACAUAUAUGAUAAUUAAAUGUGAGAAUAAAUCAAUCACAUGGGGAAAUACUUGCAGUUCCAUUAAAAAGGGUACUUCAUGUUUACACUUCUUGAAUUCGUGGGGAUUUUGAAGAUUGCAAUUUUUUUUUUUAAUUCCCUUUCAAUCCUCCUACGCAUAGAUACCUACCUGCACUCCCAGUCCAGCUCAAAUGCCUUUUCCCAGCCAGGGACUUAAUCCCACAAAACACGAGGAAAUCCGCGGACUUUUCAAGCUCUGAUUUAUAGCGCACAUUUUCAGUCAAUAACAUCACAAUUAUGUUGAUUUAAACAGGCAAAAGUUACAUAGAACUAUAUUACAAGUGACUGCCCAGCACAUAUUUUAUUGUAACAUUAUGUCAACUGUAGUCUUUCAGUUAGCACCAUAUAGAAUAAUGUCGAUGCAAAGGUGAUAUUACACGAUUUUUCUUUAGCUGCGGUUUUGAACUUUCGUGCAGUUCCGAUAAAGCACGUGACUGUGUAAAAUCGAAAGAGAAACAGUUCACUGGUUAGAUCUGUCUGUAAUCGGUCUGUAAUCGGUCGUCAAACUAGAAUUGGUCGAUUUGUUUUAUAGUGAUAUAUAAGAUUUUUAAGAUCAAUAUUUUAAUCGUCUUUUUCUAAUUAUUUUUCAUUAUGGUGUCUCGGGAAAAAUAAAAAAAUAACACGACGUUACAAUUCUGACUCCAUUAUGUUUUAUGAAUCUUGUUGUCUGGACUUUGGCAUCAACAAGGAGCAUAACAGCUUCAGCUGCUAAGAAAAUACAUAAACUUUUUGAACCAACGCGCUUUUAUCAGAAUACACUUUUUAUGUGAAUUCCUGUCUGCAGAGAUGUUCGUUUUGAGAGGUUUACUUGGACCCCCUGGCACGAUCAAGCUCACUCUGUGUGAUGACUAGAAACUGCACAAACAGCACAAAUUCAGCCUCUGGCUGCGAUAUUUCUACACAAAAUGAACAAAACAAUGUUUGUGAGAGCUCCACAGAACAGAGCCCUUGUUCCGCGGGACAUCUUUUUAAGAGGAGUGGUCGAAGUAUGUUGUAUAUUACUAUUGGUGUUUGUUCCAAAAAUAAGUGCUUGCGAAGAUGCAGAAUAUAAUAUGAAUGGACAGUGCUGCCCAAUGUGCCAAGCAGGAAUGCGAGUUGAUCGGCAUUGUACCGCGGACUCCAGCACAUCAUGCAUCCCCUGUAGGGAUUCGACCUAUACUGAGAAACCAAACAGCCUAGACCGAUGUCGGGACUGCAGACUAUGUGACUCGGAAAUGGGAUUGACAGUAGUCCGGGAUUGCACAGUUUUCUCAGAUACUAUCUGCACAUGUAUUGAUGGGUUUCACUGUUUGGAUUCAUCAUCCUCUGGAUGCAAAACCUGCCAAAAACACAGAAGCUGUUCUCCAGGACAAUAUAUCAAAAAGAAAGGGUCCAGUAUUGCAGACACAGAAUGUGAGGACUGUCCUGAUAAGACAUAUUCAGAUGGUUCAUUAGAAACAUGUGCACCACAUACUGAUUGUCAAUCUGAGGGACUAGCAAAGCCUGGAACCCGUGCCUCGGAUACUGAGUGCAAACAGCCGUCUGCUUUCACUGCAGUCAUAGCUGGGACCGUUGUUGGAGUUAUUGCACUAAUAGGUGUAAUAGCACUGGUUUACAAACACAUGAACAAGAAUAAAGGUGAUAACAUGGAAACAGAAAAAGGAAAGAGAACAUACACACCUGUGAGUAUGACCAAUGGUACAGACAGUGUAACUGUAAGUGUUGAAAACACACCUGGACAUGGAACUUCAUCCCAGGAAUCAUCUUCUGAUAACACUGUGGGCAGCAUCAUUGCAGAAGACCUACAAGGCAAACUAAUGAGCAGCUCACGAACCCGGAACUCACAAAUAACAUCUACUGCUCAGACACACAGCAACAACAUCAAUGGGGAUACACCGAUGCAUAUAAAGGCCACCGUUCCACCUAAAAAUGCGACUGACUUGACUCAAUAUGCACAAUCAAAAGAUGUAAGAAGAGAUUCUGGAACGAGCAGCCAGACAAGUUUAGGAGCAGUGGAAUGACCACUUGGAUCGCUUUCUCUGUUUUUGUUCUAAAGACAUGUUUCUAAUAGCAACUCAUCUGUGGAUGACCUCCUGCAGCAUUAACACAGUGACCAGCCUGGACUCUACAGGAUGUGGCAUCAUGGACCAGUCAUAUCUUCACAUACAGUCAGGAUGAGAUGAAGCUGUUGAGUUGUGUGUGGAAGUUGUAUCUAGAUAUCAUGGCAGAUGCACUUGACUGGGAGUCAGACAGCAGCAUCACUAGUGACUGAUAAAUAAGUGUAAGGGUAGCGUCACUGCCCAAGCUGUUACCAGCAGGAAGGAGACUCCGAGUCAAGAAGCUGCAGUUUGAAGUGUAAAGCACACAUUUAUUAAACAUAAAAACAGAAAAAUUUAAAAAAGAUUUAACCUCAUCCCUGCCAGUCUUACACUCAUUUACAUAAGCAGGGCUUUUGUCUUGCCACAUUCUGUAAGGACUUGUAUUAAUGGAUUCCAUAUGUUUCAAAAGCUGUUCUGUCUACAUCGAUCAUCCUGAACUAUUAAGCACUCAAGAAAUACUAAAAGAAAUUUAAUGACAUGUUUUGACUGGAAGUCUUUUCAAUGUCUCCAAAGACCAAACGUUUGUCAUUGAAUUUUAAAUUGUGUACCUUAUGAUUCCAAUAAUUAAGAACUGGUUUCUUUAAAAAAAAAAAAAAAAGUUUGUCACAUAUUAAUUAUUGUGUGUUGCCACGUAUUAGUUAAAGGUGUUAUUUUGUUUAAUUUUAUGGAAGUGAAUGUGAUUUUGCAGACUGCUAAAACUGCUCUGUGAAACAAGCCCCAGGGGCUCAUUUAUAUAGUGCUAGAAAAUACCACUGCUUGCUAGCUAGCCACCUAAGUGCUAGCAGUGCUUUGUUAAACUGGCCCCUGACUUCGCUAACAUGGAAUCUGGUUUAAUAACCAAAUAAACUCACUGCUUAUGUCUGUCGGCAAUUGGCUUUUGAAAAUGAGGUCCGGAGAGAAGAUAAGCUGGUGAAUUUGUAAAAUUAUCCUACAGCUUCUUUUGUUUUUCAGGUACAAGGAUUUAUUUUCUUUUAAAUAAUGUUAAGCACUGAUUCACAUACUGGUCAGUCCUCUCAACUCAUCCCCCUUACAGACAGGCAGCCUUUUAAAGAGCUAGCCACGCCCACAUAUUAACAGCAUUAAUUAAACAAACAAUUUACUGCCGUUUCUUUUUAUAACAUAUCUUUAAAGAGUUACAUCUAUAAAACAUCACAUAUAAAGCCUUA